AUGGCAGUCCAAUAUUUCUCACCACAAACAUUACUCCUCACUCUCUCAAUUCUCUUGCCACUCGUUAGGCCUUUCACGGUCAUAACAUCGGAUUCCGAUGUGCCGUCUUCAGCACUGAUUGAUGGGCCUCAACCCGCUUUCUCGACCAACCAAAAUGGGGCACGAACCGACCCGCGUGAGCAAGAGGCGGUCUACGAGAUUAUGCGGGCCACGGGUAAUGAUUGGGCCACUGACAUCUCCGACGUCUGCCGAGGCCGCUGGCACGGGAUCGAGUGUAUGCCCGACAAGGAAAACGUGCAGCACGUUGUUUCGCUGUCGUUCGGUGCGUUGUCGGAUGAUACGGCCUUCCCUACGUGUGAUCCGAACCGGUCUUACGUUUCGGAGUCUAUCACCAAGCUGCCUCACUUGCGGACUUUGUUCUUUUUCCGUUGUUUCAGUAACAAUCCGGGUCGGAUCCCGACAUUUUUGGGGCAAUUGGGCCCCACGUUGCAAACAUUGGUGUUGAGAGAUAAUGGGUUUGUGGGUCCCAUCCCAAGUGAGUUGGGGAAUCUUACACGGUUGAGGAUUCUUGAUCUUCAUAAGAACAAUCUCAACGGUUCAAUACCGGUCUCACUGGGCCGGCUCACCGGUCUGAUGUCGUUGGAUUUGAGUUGGAACAAAUUAACCGGUUCAAUACCCGGUUUAAGUUUCCCGCCUUUGAAUGUUUUGGAUUUGAGCCAAAAUCUCUUGAUGGGUCCAAUUCCAUCUAGUAUUGGAGGUUGUCAAUCUCUAAUCAAGAUGGAUUUUAGUCGUAAUCAACUCACCGGUUCAAUCCCUGACUCAAUUUCGGGUCUAAAAGAUCUUAUUCUUAUGGAUAUCAGUUAUAAUCGUCUUUCCAUUCUGCUUCCUGCUACGCUCAAGAGUUUGAACUCUCUCCAAGUUUUGAAUCUCAAAGGCAAUCCCAUGGCGACCACUUCCCUUCCUAACAAUGCAUUUGAUGGGAUGAGGGGUUUAAUGUUCUUGAUCCUCUCUAAUAUGAACAUGCACGGUUCAAUCCCCGAGUCAAUAGGCCGGUUGUCCAACCUCCGGGUCAUUUAUCUUGAUGGGAACCGGUUCAACGGUUCGAUUCCUAAUAGCUUCAGGAACUUGAGAAACCUUAGUGAACUAAGACUCAACGAUAAUCAGUUAUCCGGUCCAAUUCCGUUAGAAAGAGAGACUGUUUGGAGAAUGAAGAGAAAGCUAAGGUUACAUAACAAUUCUGGGUUAUGUUACAACCCAAAUAGUGGUUUUGAGGAUGGUUUGGAUCCAUCCUUUUCUUCUGGUAUUGGUUCAUGCAUCACACCCACACCCACACCCGGUUCAACAAGGACAGUGCAACCCUAGAUAUGGCAAACACAAUUGAUUUUUAUUUCAUCUUUUUUCUUUGUUCUUCCUUAUAUGAGACAAAAAGAGACAUGUAUUACACGAUGUAGUCUUAUUUGUAGUUGUACCAUAAACAACCUACCUUUAUUUCUUCUCUUCAAUUUUUAGGUACUGGAUUUGGG